AUGAUUCUUCGAGUAUCCGAGCCAAGAAAAGGCUGCGGCAACUUUAAGCGAGCUCUCCUUGACUUCCUGGAGCAGAAGAGUUGCUCCCAUGUUGCGCGCCAUGUGAGGAUGCCAUGGUACGAAUGGCUUUGGAGCUCAUCUGCUACUACAUCAAAGAGUGGCAGCACUGCAGAGAGUAAGAGAAUAGCCAAGCUUGACGACAAGCCUUCCUUCGCUGGAAAGGACUCGACUUUCCUAGGAGAAGAAGCAGCCGAAGUGGUAAAACGAGAUGUGCCUACCGGCAAGAUCAAACGACACUUUUCUGACCCAUUCAAUCUCAUCGCCGCCGGUGUGCUGACAACAGUCACUCUGGGUUCAUUCGCUGUCUACUGGAAGUUCCUGCGCCGGAUACCCCAGGCUUCCCUUAUUCGCGACAGUGAUUGGCGGCGGCGCAGUCUACUCGGAUAUGUCACGCGUGUAGGCGAUGGCGAUAAUUUCCAUCUUUAUCAUACCCCGGGAGGCCGACUAGCUGGAUGGGGCUGGCUGCCGUGGAGACAGGUGCCGAAGAAGGGACGCGAAUUAAAGGAUCGAACAGUUCACGUAAGAUUUGCAGGCAUAGAUGCUCCGGAAAUGGCACAUUUUGGGAAACCAGAGCAACCUGGAGGCAGAGAAGCGAUCGAUUGGCUGAAACAAUAUAUCCUGCAUCGGCGUGUAAGAGCUUACGUCUAUAAGAAGGACCUAUAUGACCGCGCUGUGGCAACGGUGUACGUCUGGAGAUGGUGCUUGAGGCGUGAUGUCGGACUGCAGAUGCUCAAUAGAGGCCUCGCUACUAUUUAUGAUGCGAAGACUGGUGCUGAGUUUGGGGCUUUCGAAGACAUGUACAGGAAAGCAGAGCAGCGGGCGAAGGCAAAGAAGAAAGGGAUAUGGAGUGGAGACAUGAAGGAUUUUGAAAGUCCACGGGAUUACAAAAACCGGCUGAAAGGAAAAGGGGAAUAG